AGGGGCUUCUUCUAGCUCUGAAGCCAAAGAGAGUUGCUAUGGGAAUCAUGAGGGCACUUGGAGACAGGAUCCAGGGCUUGGCUUUCUCCCAUCCAAUGUUGCCGGAGUCACGGGAAUGAAUGGGGGGAGGGAUGAAGAGGAGGCGGCAAGGAGGCAGGGAGAAUGAAUGAAUGUCAGAGGAGGGACUGUUGUAGCUUGUGACUGAGGAAUGGAAGAUAGCGAAGAAUCAAAUGCAUCAGGCAGAGUAGGGGCUCUGCCACAGUUGCCCAUCCAGACCAUCUUCCUGCUGUAGAGUUAAAAUGCAAGAGCAGCCUUUGUAGCAAAACUACAAUAAAAGUCUGAAUCUAAGGAAGUCUUCAGAAGGAUGGGAUCCAGCUCAUCCACAUACCGGCCCAAGUACAUCUAUUUGGAAAUUGAUGGACGAAUUCAGAAGGUGGCCUUCAGUAAAUAUUGCAACUCAAGAGAUAUUAUGGACCUUUUCUGCAUUGCAACUGGUUUACCAAGGAAUACAACCAUUUCACUCUUCACAGCUGAUGACUGCAUGGUAUCUAUUGAUCCUACCAUGCCAGCAAACUCAGAAAGGACUCCAUACAGAAUAAUACCAGUGGCUACAGAAAAACGAACAGAAAAAGAGGAAUUGUUCCAGAAUUUGCUGGUACAGGUGGCUGAGCAGUUGUCAAGGGUAUUUAAAAUUGAUGAACUGAAAACUGAAGUAACUAAUCACUUGGCAAUGCUGGAGAAAAAGGUUGAAUUGGAAGGACUGAAAGUAGCGGAGAUUGAAAAGUGUAAGAGUGACAUCAAAAAGAUGAGAGAUGAAAUGGCAGCAAGAAGCAACAGGACCAACUGCCCAUGUAAAUACAGUUUUCUGGAAGAUAACAAGAAGCUGAUACUCAGAAGGGAUGUGCCAUCCUAUCCCAAGUACAUGCUCUCUCAGGAGACAAUUGAAACUCUUCGGAAACCAACCUUUGAUGUCUGGCUGUGGGAGCCCAAUGAGAUGCUGAGUUGCUUAGAACACAUGUAUCAUGAUUUAGGAUUAGUGAAAGACUUUAACAUCAAUCCUAUCACACUGAAAAGGUGGCUGCUGUGUGUUCAUGACAAUUACAGAAACAAUCCAUUCCAUAACUUCCGACAUUGCUUCUGUGUUACCCAGAUGAUGUACAGCAUGAUCUCACUCUGCAACCUCCAGGUAAAGAUUUCCCAAAUGGAUAUUUUAAUAUUAAUGACUGCAUCCAUUUGUCAUGAUCUAGAUCAUCCAGGAUAUAACAACACGUACCAGAUUAAUGCACGAACCGAGCUUGCUGUGCGCUACAAUGACAUUUCUCCACUCGAGAACCAUCACUGUGCAGUGGCUUUCCAGAUCCUGACACAGCCAGAAUGUAACAUUUUCUCCAGUGUUGAUAAGGAACAGUUCAAACGGAUAAGGCAGGGAAUAAUUACAUUAAUCCUAGCAACAGACAUGGCAAGGCAUGCUGAAAUAUUGGACUCCUUCAAAGAAAUACUGGAUAACUUUGACUACUCAAAUGAAGAGCAUGUGACCCGGUUGAAGAUGGUACUAAUCAAAUGCUGUGAUAUCUCCAAUGAAGUUCGCCCAAUGGAAGUGGCAGAGCCAUGGGUAGAUUGCUUAUUAGAGGAGUAUUUUAUGCAGAGUGACCGGGAAAAGUCUGAAGGGCUUCCAGUGGCACCUUUCAUGGAUCGAGACAAAGUGACCAAACCUACAGCACAGAUUGGCUUCUUAAAAUUUGUUCUUAUUCCAAUGUUUCAAACUGUAACAAAGCUUUUCCCAGAGGUUGAAGAAGUUAUGCUCCAACCCCUUUGGGAAUCCAGGGACCGUUAUGAGGAGCUGAAGCAAAUAGACGAUGCUAUGACAAAAGAGUUACAGAAGAAAAAGAAUGAAAAUUUGACAAGUGGAAUCAGGGACAAGUGAAAAGCAAAUGGAAGAUGGGUCACAUUAAGCAUUAUAACAGACACAAAGAUCCUUUAGAGGUUUGCCAAGUCCAGCGAGCCAUCAUGGGAUUUCACAGCAUUGACAAAGGACAAGACUGAACAGCUGACACUACCACAAGCACUUUUUCAAGUUCAUUUUCUAAAGACUAGUAUUUAUCCUUAUGGAUGCAAACAAUAAGGAACUUCUGCUGUUGUACAAUAUUUUUAUUUUUAAAGUCAUCUUCUAAAUAAUAUAUUCUUAUACUUAAAAAGCUGCUGCACUUAUUCACUUUUGUAGAUUUUUUAUGUGUGUGUGUUUUUUAAAAAAGCUUUUUCUGGUUAAAUGGGAACAGGAGGAGGAAGAUAGAAUUUGUACAUUUUAAGAGAGUUGUUGUAGAAACAGUUAUACAUAAGACUGUGCACCAUUCAGAUCACAAAAAGCAAUCUCAUUAUGUCUGUGUACAUUUAGGAUCUAUGUUUUACUCUAGUUUAUGCCUCCUGUCACUUUGUUGAAGCAUUUGACCCAAAAAGUAUCAUUAGCAGUCUAAGAGGAAACAAUAUUUCACCUUUACUAGUUAGCAACUAUUUGCAGUAAAAUAUUUUUGCAAAGGAAAUGGGAAGCAGAAAGCCAAAGUCUCUGACAAUCCUCCUCUCAUGGACCUGAUGCCUAUCACAUUUUAAUAAAUAAUACUUUUCUAUUUUCUUCUGAGGUGUUAACAGGUGUUCCUUAAGAAGAUAUGGCCCUGAGCACCGAGAGAAUUUUCAAAGGACUCUUUAUGAGACACACAAAGUGGUUCUGUUGCUACAGCUAAGCUGUGUGUGUCGUGAAAGCUGACAAACUCCAUUGCCUAUGACCUAGGAGAGUUAUUGCCAGCCAGAGUAGACAGUACUGAGCUAAAUGGACUUGGUAUGAUAACAACGUACUAUGUUCAGUAUGAGGGCCUACACACUGGAAAAAAAUUAGCCAUCAUUUUGCAUGAGUAGUGGUUGUUUAUGGCAAGGCUAACAAUUUCUCAGUGUUGUAUUGUGGUUUGAGAAUGAUUUGACUCAGGGAGACCAAGGCUUUAAUCCCUCCUCAGCAAUGGAACCCCACAUUGUGGCUUUGGGCAAGUAAGAGUCUCAGCAUUAAAGUAAGGCAAUGACAAACCUCCUCUCAACUAGGACAGGUCACCAUAAAUCUAGAAGGCACAUACCAACAAUUUUGCUUUCAGCAUCAAGCAGUGAAAGUUUGGAGCAGUGUGGCCAAAUGAAAUAGUGUGCAGCCACCAGAUACAGGGAAGCCUUGGAGGUGUCAUUUAAGGACAAAUUUACACUACACAAAUACAGCACUGUGAAUUCUGCUUUAACUGUUAUUGCUUCCCCGCUAAGGAAUCCUGGGAUUUGUAGUUUGUGAGGUAAUAGCGUUCUGUGGCUGAGAAUUCUAAAUACUCCCUGCUAAACUGCAAAUCCCAGGAUUCUAUAGGAUGAAGUCAUGGCAGUUAAAAGAGAACUGUAACAGUUGGCUCUAAGUAUUCAAGUCCAUAGAGGAGUUUUACAUGUAAGAAUGGACUGGAAAAUUCUGCAACUGAUGUACAUAAUUAUUAAUAGCUGAAGGGCUCUCCCAACAUUUAGGCACAUCACCAUUCAAAUGUGAUUCAAAGGCUAUCAUCAUUGGUGCAGUUGUUGGUCAUAUAUGCCUUCUGCAGCAUCCAGUUAAACUGUGCAUGGAAAUAAGCUACAAAAUAUAGAAUUGGAUCAUAAACUGGGGAAAGAUUAAAUUUGAUGGGCAUCAAGAUCUUUCACAGGAGGGUUCAAUAGGGCUGCUCCCUGUGCAGAGGAGUUGUUCUAGGCAGCAAUAAAGAAUAUGAAUAAAGGUCUGAGAAAGAGGUUACUUUAUUGCCUGUGCUGGGAGAAAAGACAGCUAUAAAACAUAAAUUUUGGGUGCUGUAGGCUGGGCUGUUGUCCUCAGAUUCCAGCUUAGUAGGUAAAUCAGAUCAGGCCAGCAGGAAUACGGAAGGCAUCUGGGAAGAAAACACCAGUUGUCAACACAGACAUGAUGCUACACCAUACAUAGAGACAGUUUGAUCCUCCAUUUUUGUUGAAACGCUGCUCCACCAUAACUGUGGAGAAAGUUUGACCAUCCAUUUUUGUUAAGUGUCCAGAAGGACACAUAAAAUGCAAGAGGCAAGAAAACUCAUAUUAUUGGCUGGAAUCAUGUUUGUAACGUGUUGUUAUUGUGCCGGUGUUCACUCUUUUUUUGCUACUUUGGAGAGAAAAAUUUACUCCUUCCUUCAUGUAACAACCUCCAUCCCUCAAGACUUAUUUUCCUUCUGCAAGAGCCCUCCACCAUGGCCAUGUAGUAGCCUGGGGAAGGCAGGGGGUAUUCAGCCGGUGCCCAGCUAUGUGCCAGUAACCAGACAUACAACAACAACCUCCAGAGGAUUCUUGGAGUUCUUUGGGGAUGCCUUUGUUCUUGUGCAUUGAACUAUAGGAACAUGCUAGACACUUCUCAGCCACCCCCAAUCAUUGCAUGUUAGGCUGGAUCCUGGAGGAACUGAAGCCCUGCAAGAAAGCAGAGGAGAAGAGUGGUGUGCCACCUGUGUGGAACCAUCUCCCCUUGCAGAUCCUUUGUGUAGCAGUACCCAAAAAUGCAUGUGCUGACUUCUACAGUGCCUUAGAUUUAAACCACCCAGCCACUGUACGUAUCAGCCAUACAGGAGGGUUUUAAACUGAGAAUGCACUACAUAUUUUGUAUGGAUUGUUCUUUAGGUGAGUUAUAAAUAGAGAACAGCACAUAAGGAAGGCACUGCAGUUGAAGAAAGCUCGUGUUUCUCUUUGAAGGGCACAUGUACCCAACAUAUGCCUGCAAGCUGCAGAGUGGCUUCCUGCAUCAUAUAGUUCAGUUUUUAAAAAGAAACGUGUAGGUGGGUGCUCAGACUUCUCUUCCAUGAAAAACAGGAAAGAACUCUCUAAACUCAGGCUUCCUUACCAGAGAACCUAAGUGACUAAUCCUUGACUCACUUAAGCACUGAAUAAUAAUCUCAUCACCUUAAUUGUGUGACAAGAUGUUUUGGAACAGUGAAUCCUUAUUCUUGUAUUUGUCUGUCUAUGUCAAUACAUGUGUCUUUCUUAAAGACAGCUCUCCAUUACGUAUUUUCAUAGAUUAUUAACUACUGCAUCCCUUUUUUAUCCACCUCCGUUGAUCAACAAAUACAUCUGAAGUGCUCUAUAGUUGAUGCACAAUGUGGGCACAUCCAUAUGCAGAGGUCCUUUCACACUACACAAUCGCAGUACUGUUAUUCUACUUCAAUUGCUGUGGAUCCAUCCUGGGGAAUCUUGGGAUUUUUAAUUUUGGAAGGAAUAUUUAGAAUUCUCAGCCAGAGAACUGUAGUGCCUCACCAAACUACAAAUCCCAGAAUUCCAUAGGAAGUUGCCAUGGCAGUUAAAAGUGGAAUCAUAGUGUGAAAUGACCCAUAGUCACACCAUAAUCUCCAUGAAUAACAAAUCCCUUUGUAAGCAUUGCUCCAAAUUAGUACCUGCAUGGAAGCGGUUUGCAAGCACAUACUUUCUUGUAUUAUAGACUGUUUGAAAGUACCUGCUCAUUGACUCAACCAAAUUUAUUUUUCCCAAGUUACAAUUUUUUAAUGGAACUAGAAUA